GAAACGCAAUUAUCAAUGGCAAGAGUGGUCAACUCAUGGUCAAGGUCACAGGUCACUCUCAACUCUCAAUCUGCGCCUCUGCGGCACAAGUCGAUGGUCGUAUUAUCAAUUCGCUUCUCAAGUUUCUUUUCUAGAACUUUCACGUAUAGACCUUAUCUCAUAAACUACAGGACCAUGGCUCAAGGUUUGACUAACGAAGAGGUCGAGGCCCUCUGUGUGAAGCCUCAUGAACGAACUAAGGACUUCAUGUUCCAACAAACCAUGUACCGCAUCAAGGACCCCCGUAAGUCGCUCCCGUUCUACACCGGCGUUCUCGGAAUGACCCUCCUCAAGAAAAUGGAUUUCCCUGCUAUGAAGUUCUCUCUGUACUUCAUGGGUUAUGAGAACCCGGCCGAUGUGCCGCAGGACGAGGCCAAGAGGCUGACUUGGGCUACAACGAGGAAAGCUACGUUGGAGUUGACACACAACUGGGGCACUGAGAGCGACGAUUCGAGCUACCACAACGGCAACAGUGAGCCGCGUGGCUACGGGCACAUCGGUAUAUUAGUGCCUGAUGUAGAGGCGGCCUGUGCUAAAUUCGAGGAGCAAGGAGUGAAGUUCAUCAAACGACCUCAGGACGGAACCAUGAAAGGCCUGGCCUUCAUUCAGGACCCUGACGGUUACUGGAUCGAGAUCUUCAAGGCCAUGUAAAAUCCUUAUGGAGCAUUCCACGAGAAUAUCGCUUACGAAAUGUUUUUGCCUUGUAUGGUAAAUACCUCAAUCAAAUGCGUAAAAUUCGAGAAUAUACUGCCAAUUUGUUAACUAACUCAUGAAAUAUUACAACAUUAAGAUAAUGGCAUUUUGUAAGCGACAUUCUCGUGAAAUAUCUUUUAUUUGUAUAGACCCUUAUCAUAAUCAAGGGGAUUGUGGAUCAUAGUGGUAUUUAGAAUUAGAUAAGGAGUAUUCGAGUUAUUCCGAUAAUCACCAAUAGACUACAAUCCCUCUUAGGGAUAAGUUCGCCUUUAUACAUAACAUUUUUUAUUCUUGUUUUGUUUUGUCCGUUUUAUGUAAAGCAGUUUGUGUGCAAUAACGUGACAUACAUACAAUAACUUAAACCUUUUUUCCGGAAACUGGUUUUUGCGCGAGAAACGGUUUUUGUGUUUAGAGUCCGUGGAAUUGUGCGGGUCUGUUAUUAUAUAUAUUAUAAAGAUCAUAUUUUCAUGGAAAUAUGAGAUUAAUGUGGACACUGCCAUGCAGUUAACUUGAUCCGACUCUAUUGACGUCAUCUCUUGCGUUAUGAAAUACCUAUUUUUUUUUGUUAAAUUCACCAUUAUUUAGUAAAAUAAGCAUUACUACUAGGUAUCUACUAUUAUAUAAAUAUACUUCUCUGAAUCUUUUUUUUCUGUCAGUUUCUCUAUCUAAUUCUAAAACCAUUUUAUAGAUUCGUGGUUUAUUUUUUGUAGUAACUAAUUAUGAUGUGUCAUAUAAUAUCAAAUAUCAUUAUGACUUAAAUAAUUUUUGCCCAAAAUGUUAUAAAGAUUUUUGUAAUAAGAAAAAGUGAGAAUUUAAAUUUUGUAUCAUCUGUUAUGUAAUAAAAUAUACGUUAAACGUG